ACAGGUCCAGGCCAAAUACAUGUAAUAAGAAACUCAGAGAACCUGCUACAGUACCGGUGUGAUCGUUGCUGUUGCUGUUGCUGUUAUUGUUGUAUCGACACUCGACUGUUACUACAAGCUAGCUACAUGUACAUGUACAUGUACAUGUACAUGCAUCUAUAGCUGUGGCUAUGGUCCACUUUGAAAUAAUUUCUCCAACAGACGUUCACGAUGACCAGGAAACCAUCAAAGCCGAAAUCGUUCCUCAAAAACCCAAUCACUCCGCCAUGGACGUUACUAGUACUAGUACUACACGAGUGAAUCUGGUCUUAUCUUCCUCUCGUCUGUUGAGCGGUCGAGCUCUCACUGAUUGCCGUCAUGCCGACGACCCGUCUUGCAGCGGCGGAGUGGCGGCAGUCGCUGCCUAUGCAAGAAGCGAAAGUGUGCGAUCAUCCAACAAUGACGGGACUGAACUCACACCCACACUCGUGAUUCCCCAGUUUGACUUUCAAAGUCCCUUCAUCCAGCAACAUCCUCUGCAAUGGGCUGCCAAUAGACUGGUACUACAACACUUGUUGGGAUGGAAACUGUUCCUCGCACGAAGCUGGUUCUUGAAUACUGGAGGAAGAGAGCAAUCCAGGGAUAUCUCACCCUUGCAAACUAAGCAAUGGCCUCUACUCAUUUCCAAUGUCGCUGUACCUUCGACAAACUCAUGGUAUCACUACACAAAAGGAGUAUUCCUAGAUCAACACACGAACUUGGCUAUCAUCAGCAUUGUUGAAGAAAUCGAUGUCUCCAACUUUCACCAUCCACAGAUUCAAUCUGCCAAAAAUAUGCUAGAUUUCAUUCACAUACAAAACAAUCACAGGGGAUGCCAAAACAAUGACAAUCACAAUCACAAUGACAACCCAUACCAAAACAUUUACCAACUUUACAUACAAAACUACACAAAUACACAGUCUCGACCUCCAGCCUCGUCCAACAACAACGGCAAAAACUGCUGGAUUCCCGUCAUUGUUGCAGACUUGGUCUCCUACCAAAACAAUACACUCCUGCAAGCACUGACGGAAUACAAAUACCCUCCGGCACUCUUCUGGGAUUACGGGGGAGUCAAUCCAUUACUCACUCAAGAACCCAAACUAUUCGGAGACAAAACAUGGGCACUCGGCUUCAGAACCAGUGGAAACUUCUUUCAACAAGUACAACUACGAACCUAUGGCCACGGACAGGUCAUUAACGCAACCCUGAAACGCACUGACAUCACGCAAACAUUACCAGAACAACUCAAAGAUGAUCUAUAUCGAGCACACAUCGACACGCUGCGACAAUACGCCGACGAAACCAUCGCUAACGAUCCCAUUGUAGGGCAAGCAGCACACCACUUUCCCCUGGUAAAGGCCGAUGGCAUUGUCAGAUGUGAGGCAGGGGAGUGUGAAGCGGGAAACUUGUUCACGGAUGCCUUGAGAUGGCACACACAAGCCGAUUUCGCAUUUGCUAACUCGGGGGCGUACCAUGGCUCGGGGUGGCCAGCUGGGCCAAUUCGCGUGUCGCAGCUAUGGGAAACUCUGCCAUUUGCCAACACCUUGUGCACCGGCAUCAUGUCAGGGAUCAGCAUGUUUCGCAUGUUCAAUUUCAGUACCAGCAGUGCCACCUUCUCAGGAGCAGACACCGUUGCAGGAGGGGAUCUCAUGCAAGUUUCAGGGGUUCGUCUGACUUACAACACGCAACUUGUGGGAAGUCGAUUGGUGGGGUUGGACAUCUGGAAUCAGACGCAACAAGAAUACCAGCCUGUAGAACGACUGCAAAUGUACAAAUUCGCCUCUGACUCCUACAACUGCCUAUUCAACGAUCCAUUCAACCAAUUCACUGGAUCGCUGUUGACGAUACCAGGAGAAUCGCCGGGAAAGGUCAACCAGGACUUGGAGCAAGAAGUUGUGGCAUCCUUCCUCUCACAACUUGAGCAACCAUACGACGGAUCCAUUUCAGGUCGGCUUGUCAAUGACACCACAAUCAAAACCCACAUCCAUUUCGUUCAAACAGAAGAAAACUGUGAUGCAGGUACAUCGUACUGGUUGGAAGACUACACGACGUGCUUUGAAUGCCCACGCAUUGAUGGGGUAUCCAUCGUCGUUGCCGACGAAGGCGGUGUCAUGCAAUUAGAGGGCGUCAGUGGUGACCCGACUGUCGAUUCCAGCUCAGUUGCCAUCCGAAACGACGGCGAAUUCGCGGUGGAUGUUAUAGUGAAGUCGACUCCUCAGUUCUUGCACUACACUGGCUCCAUGGCUGCAGUAGGUAACCAACGAUGGAUCGCUGUCGAUGCAGGAGGCACAUUGACACUGCCUUUUGGGGCGUCCGGGGAAAGCAUGUCAGAAGGUUCCGCUUUGGGGGAAGUGGCAAUUGGAGUGUCUGAUGGCGGCGGCGAAUUCCCAGGGUGCGUAGGGGAUGAUCUACGAUUCGAAGUGAACAUGUCGGUCCUACCUCAAGCACAACUGAAUCAACUGGGAUCUAUUCGCGCCGUUGGCUGGACUUUAGCAGCAAUCGUAUUGUUCACUUCCCUUGUAUACUCGGUUUGGUGUGUCUAUUUCCGAAGGCAUUUUGUGGUGCGCAGUUUGCAGCCCAUGUUCCUGCUGCUCAUUUGCGGAGGCGUAUUUGUCAUGGGGUCGGCGUUGAUUCCUCUCAGUUUCGAUGACGAGAUUGCUUCACCUGAAGGGAUGAGUAUCGCGUGCUCAUCAAUUCCAUGGCUACUGAGUGUUGGGUUCACAGUUGCGUUUUCGGCAUUGUACUCCAAACUACGGCGUAUCAACAUCCUGUUCCUGCAUACUCGUGGGUUGCGGCGAGCAGUUGUGAAAGAGAGAGACGUCUUGGUUCCCUUUGCCAUUUUGCUCAGUGCCAACAUUGCAGUGUUGGUCACUUGGCAAGUGGUUGAUCCUCUGCAGUACCACCGCGUGCCUCUCGACGGAGAACCUUGGAGUUCCGUAGGGGUAUGCGAUGGCUCAAGAGAAAAUUCGCGAUUAGCUUUUUAUGCUGCUAUUGGAGGGAUCAAUGCGGUUGCCCUUGGGCUGGCAGUCGUCCAAGCAUACCUGGCGCGAAAUCUUAGUCUCGAUUUCAGUGAAGCUGGAAACAUGGGAAUGGCAAUCUUCAGCUGGGUUCAGUUUUCCAUUGUUGGGAUCCCUGUUCUGUUCCUGAUUGAAGAAACGAACACAACUGCCCGAUACUUUGUUCAGAUCACGCUUCUCUUUGCUGUUUGCAUCAGCUUGCUGUUAUGGAUAUUCAUUCCGCUGACCCUGCAGUGGUGGAAGAAGAGGGGCAACCCAAGGAGCCAAAGUACUGUGCAUGUCUCUGGUGUUCGGCCUACUCCACCCAAUAGUUCUAUGGUCGCAAAGUACUCUCUGACGGCAUCCAACACCAUCCCCCACAAGUCCACCUUACCCAUGAUGCCAUCGCACGUGGAAAACGAAGAAGAACAGCAAAACCAAGCAGCUGAUGCACUUUCCGACAUUUCUUGUGAAUCAUUUGCAGACGACAGCAGAGGUUAGUAGUCUAGGGUACUCCUGCUGUUUGUGCACGACUGCUUCAGAAAGAAAUAGAGAAGGUUUGUUGGAGGCACGGCACACGACACUGCGUUCAAUAGCUCAGAUAAUGUAUGUAUCAAAACUUGGAUUGAGCGUUAAGAGUUCUUCCCAGCCAUGUUGUCCACAGUACGUGCAACCGCAUGUGAACUUCCGAGGUUGGCUCUCCCGCAGUUCGUCUUUUGUUGUUCUUGUCAUUAUGUAAGCAGCCAUGCACGGUACCUCCAAAUCCACUACUAAAACUUGCAAAUAUUUGAAAAAAGAGGUGCAG